GAAAAUGAACAUGUCAGUGCUUGGAUUCUCUUAACCUGCUAUCAGACAUGAGGUAUAAACAUAUUCGUUUGGGCCGCAGACUUGUACUCUUAGUCAGUGUUUUCACUGUAGCUGCACUAUUAUCAGCCACCGUAAAGCCUCAGGACCUCAGCAUACAUAGCUUUAUGUAAUACUAUGACUCCAGCAGCUACUUUCGUGAAGUAAAGAAUAUACUCACAGUUUUAGAAUUGCAUUUCUUUUCCCCAGCAUCAUAUUCAGGAAGUCGGUGUAGCUGAAAGAGUCUUUUGAAGCCCCUCCAGUCACCUCUGACAUCAUCUUCUUCAGCUCUAGGUGAGUCUUGGUCAGCCCAAGUUUUUCCAGCAUCCGUUUUAACCCCAUCAUGUCUGUCAAAUUGACCAUAGAGUUUUAAAGAGCUUCCAUUUAUGAAGGUAUUUUACUGAGCAAAUCUUGACCAGUUUUUACCUAUAUCGCCUUUGUCAUUGAGAUCGAACUCCAUGUAUUUGUCUGUAAUGAAAAAAAAGUUUCAUCAGUUAAAAAUGUAAACACUUAAUAAUAAAACAAUUCAAUAGGAGGGGAUUUCCUCUGAAUACUCACUUUUAAACUGUUCAAGCUUUGAGCUAAGGUCCUCCUCUUCUGCAUACUGAGGGUCUGACAGAAAAGCCUUUGGUAUAAAAAAUAAUACCAUCAAUAUUUUAGACAUAUAUAAGAUAUCAUAUAACUUAACACACGUGUCUUUUUUUAUUUCUAGAGGUAAGCAGAUCAUUCACUUGACUGUAUGAAAAUGAUACCUUACCUCAUUGAUAGAGUUCAGUUUGUCUUCCUGAUGAGACUUCAGUUGACCAUAUGCUUUACCUCCUGUUAGACAUAAUACACAGGAGUUUUACUAAUCCUACUAUAAACACAGAAUAAUGUUGUGAAAUUACCUCAAUUAGAAUUAAAACAAACAAAAAAAUAAUAAUAAAAGACUAUAAAGAUGCUCUACAAAGUAGUGUAGCAGUUAAAGAGAAACUAACCUUGAGCAUAGUCCAUUUCUGCUCUGGCAGCCAGUAAACCAACACUGUGAGUGUGAUGAUGGUGGAGUGUGUGUGAUGGUGUUUCUGUAAAUGAGAAGAGGAAGUGACAAAGUUUCAGUGAGCAUUAGUGAAGUUCCUCUGGUGUUUUUAGGGCUGAAGCAAACAGAGGUCAAAUUAGGGAUGCACGUCACAGCACUGACACACAGCCUGAAUUCACUUGACACAAAAAGGGAGACAUACUGUUACCUCUUACUCAAUAUGAGCGUUGUGCAUACAGGAUACCUGCUUGGAAAUGACCAAGAUGGGCUCAUUCAAAAGUUUUAGCUUUGAGUCUGUUGAUGCAAAAAUGGAUUUUUUCACCACUCUAGAAAUAAACUGACGUCUUGAUAAAGGAAGGAAGCGUGAUGCAGCAAGGAGAACUGUGACUUUGGAAACACAGAAAUAAACCCGAAUCUGCAAGAAUAAUAAGGCUUGUUUAAAACAGUACAUGGCCCAGUUUAGUAAGACUCAUGUUUGUGUAUUUCCUCCUCUUCACAUCUGAAAGCUGCAGUCAGAUCUGAUAAUGAACAACUGCUGAGCAGCAGCAGUAGAAAGUUUGAGUCCACACUUCACCCUUUAAGUCAAAUAUAAAAGGUAAUUCCUAAGUUUGUGGAUGCUACAAGAAAACUUUUUCCACAUAGCUGAGUUUAAGGAGCUGCAAAUUGACUCCUAUUAGAUAUACAAUUAUUUGGGGAGCGAUAUUUGCUCUGUAGAAUACUUUUAAAGAGUAAAACUAUCUGUUUGAUAUGUUUUUUUUUUGUUGAUGAAAUGCAUCAAGUAACAAGUAAAUUACAAACCACAAACUUGUGAUAAAGUGCAAUGUGAAAACACAUGCAUGGGUGAUCUUAUUUCCUAUAAUCUUUAAGUAGGCUCUUUAAAGACUGCAUGUUUAAAGAAGCAUAUUCUCUUAUGUAAAAGAUACGUUCAUGGUUGUGACCUUAGAGGGUGAACUGCAACCAGGACAAUGUAACGAAAGAGGAUGAAGUGCUUCCCCCUUUACUUUCACUAACGACAUCAACGGCAUCAACGAGACCUCCUUGGGCGUCAGUUAAUUUGAUGUAAUGCUUUACUUUGUCCACACGGGGGCAGUAUUGCUUAGUAGACAGAGCUAAAUAGUUGAGCUGUGCAGGUAUUUCUAAGUUGAACACACCUAACGAGAACAGAGAAAAGGUGGAGACUAUGAAGAGGUCUUAAAGAGAAUGAUCUCUUGUCCCUUCAUUUUGUUACACAACACAGAAAAAUGGCUCAUUUCCAUUCACAGGGUCUCUUUAUGAUAGGUCUGUUUGUGGUCCUUCAAGGGGGCAGAGGUAAGUGGGUCUCUGUGUCAUUUCUAAAGGGGAAGAAAUCAACAGAUUUAUCAUUUUUUAUUGUAAGAUGACACAAAUUGUCUUUUGUAUAAAUUUAGUAUGUGACUGUGGCUGACCUCAGAGUUGUCAUCAUUGAAAUAUCAAUUUAAUAUUAUUACAUUAUGAGUCACUGACAGUGACUCGCUGAUUAUCAGCCUGAUGGUCACACACUGUGCCUUAGCUGAAUAUUAAAUCAUAUAAAUACUAGAGUCAAUUUUUUAACUGAUCCUAAUUUUUUUCUCUCCAAUCAUUUCAAAGCUGUCUCAUCAGUGUUUGUUACCGCAACUCACCGAGAAAAUGUAACUCUCAACUGUUCAGUGUCUGGCCCAGUGGAUCCAAAGAGCUGCUACAGAGCUCAAUGGAUAAAAAAUGAUGCCGGUCAGAAGAGGGUUGUUCUUGCCAGGCCUAAAAUGCCAGAUGUCAAGUAUGCUGAGCGUGCAAAAUGGGAAGCUGAUAAACCCGGACAAAUGUCUCUUGUUCUAACCAAACUCCAAAGAGCUGACGAGGGAAUGUACAGCUGUGAAAUCUGCAAAGACUGGGAUUGCACACUGGUCAGAAACAUAACUCUAAAAGUAAAAUGUAAGGUUCUGUAUUUUAUUUAAAUUCCCUUCACUCUGAUACAAGGAAAAUAUAUGACACGUAGUUCUCCCUUCUUUCAGAUUGCACAGUCCUGGAGGCUGUGAGAGCAGCAGACGAAACCCCUGUAAGCCUGCCUUGCUCAGUGGGUGUAACAUCAGGGCAACAAGGACCCCAGAACAUCUCAUGGGAAAGAGUGAAAGGAGACAACACUGUUCCUGUCGUGUCUGAAACAGCUAAGUCUGAGACACUGAAGUUCCCGUCUGUGAGCCACAGUGACAGUGGGUGGUAUAGAUGUAAAUACAAGCUGGGAAAAACUCCAAACUGCAGUGAAAUUAAUCUUCAAGGUAAAAUUGUACAUUUUUUAUGAACUAUCAUAGCAACAAAGCAGUAUUCACAAGUCCGCUGUAUCUUUUUGUCUUUUCUGAAGUGGGGAACAAUCCUGUCACCACAUCAGUGCCAGGUAAAACAAUAACAACUCUUUUAUUUAAAACCCUUCACCAGCAUCAAUCUCUCAGUGUCCUUCUUGUUUUCCUCAGUGCUGACAACCAGUGAGGUUACCAUGGAAAUCAAAAAGGAGGAAAGUAAAGGAACACAUAUGCCAGUGGUUGUGCCUACAACCAUUAUUGGGAUUGUUGCAAUGGUUGCUCUGAUACUACUGAUCAUCUAUUGCAGACGUAACACCCAGGGAGCGUCACAGCUGGCACAGAGGCACUACACAGGUUUGGUCUAUCGAGAAGAUAUUUCUUUUUUGAUACAGAUACAGUUCAGUGAAGUGUUCACGUUUGCUUACUGUUGACCAGGUGCUGCUGUUAUGACGACUACUGAUUAUGAAGUUGUGAAUUUUACGCCUUCAGAUGGUGAGCUUUUUAAUCUCUUCCUUCCUUCCUGAGUUUAGCCCCUGUGACCUCUCCUCCUGCUUCGCUGACAAUUUUGAAACUUUUGUUCACAGAUGUUUUGAGCCAACGCUUGAACAGUCUUUACCGGGAUGAAAGCUUGUGUACUUGUUAGUGCCAUUAUAAAAACAGAUUACUGUACAUACAUUCUUAUCAUGUAUUCAAAAGACAUAAUAACACAUCUCUGUCAUUUAUUGCAGUUCAGUGGGAGUAAUUUCCAGGUGAGGAUGGACAAGAUUCCCCAUAAAUGACUGUUUACAUGAAUACAUUGUGCAAAAGUUUGUUGCAUCAUCUGCAAAUUGUCUGAGCUUGUAUUGCAGUUUUGUAUGUUAUUGAAGAAUAUUGAAAAAUGCCACUGCUCUGCCCUUGUCACUCCUCCUCACCUCUUCACCCCUUUUUGUAUCAAUAUAUCCAAUAACCUGUGUUUUAAUAAAUACAAUGAAAUGUUCAAAAUCUCAAAUAUCUUUAUCAAUAAAAUCUCUCAUCUAAACAAGAAAAAA